AUGCCCGUAGCUUUUAAUGCCACUAGUGGUGGAGGUAGUGUGCUGGACGCUGUGUCCGUGCCUUCGUUCUUGGGGAACCCAAACUCGAACUGUCGCCCCAGGACAAGUAAUGCACCCUUUAUGAACAACGAUAUGGACAUGUCAAGGAGUCCUUUCGACAAAGUACAGCUCACAAAGCUGUUGAUAAAUACGCUGCACGAGAUGGGGUAUUCGGAAUCAGCAGUUUUGUUGCAAAAAGAGAGCGGAGGCGUUGAGGUAAAGUCGAGCAAUGUGCAAAGACUGUUUUCAGCUAUCAAUGGUGGCCAGUUCCAGCAUAUUGAUUUGAAUAUGCUGCUUGGAUUACCAUUGAAACAUGGCGGCCUGAAGAACUUGCCAUUUUCUACCGAACACGGUCGUCCCAUGUCACAGGACAGCAAUGAAGGUUCCGAAAGAACGGCUUUCUUGGAAAAUGGACAUGACAGCGAUGAAGAUAGAGCUAUGAAAAUUGAAAACCUUAUUGUUAAAAAAGCCGACUGGCAUUGUUUUUUCGACGUCAUGCAAAAAGAUCUAGCAACUUUGGAGCCUCUGGUGAGGAACAUGGCGGAUUUUGACGGAGCCACACUCGCAAGCCUACUUGAUACCGUCGAGAUGCUCGUUUUGAUCAAUAAACAGGUUUUCCUCGAACUGAUGUUCGACCAGCAGGAUUCGUCGCUGGCGGUUGUUUUUCUGAGAACGGUUCUACGGAAAUUUAUCCAGUUAUGGGAGUCUCUCUUGAUGUACCAGGAAAGUUCCUAUGCGCUCACCCCAGACACACUUCUCAAGCAAAUGACAAGUAUACUCACAUGCCCUUUAGACUCAGCAGAACUCUCUGAAGUAUGGCCCGGUAGUCUGGAAAGCUCGAGACAAAUACUGAUCAGGUCGUUGUCCAAUUACAUAGACCCCAACGAUUUGGUGCCUCGUGGGAGACUUCUCACACUUUUGAGCCAAGCUAUAAAAUACCAAAACUCACAAGACGUGCUCAACUUUGAGGACGAGGAUGAAAAUUCUACUGGUGAUGAAUCCCGACAAUACAAUCUACUUCAAGACAAUAGUUCAAGCUCCCAACGAAUUUCGUUUGCUGCUCAGAAGAUGCUUGCUCAGAACGCAGAUGAAAUAUGGUAUCUCGAGUUCUCACCAGAUGGGAGGUAUCUAGCCAGCGCUUCUGCAGACUCUCUCACCGACCGCAAAGUCCUGAUCUACGACGUGGAACAAGAUUUUCAAGUGUACAAGGUACUUGGCGGUAACGACCAAUGUGUUCUCUACCUUUCCUUCUCUCCCGACAGCCGAUAUUUGGUAUCGUGUCCAUUUAACGAGGAAGCAAAAAUUUAUGAUAUACACAAGAAAGGUCAGCAUGCGGAUCUGAAUCAAGAAUUUGAAGGAUCUAUGGUCGCCGAGAUCAUUCAGCCUGAUGACUACUUCAAGAUUUACGAAAAUGAAGGCACGCCAAACGGGAGCUCUCCAAGAAUUUGGUGUUGCAGCUGGUUUCAAACUGAACGUAAUAAAGGGCGUUUUGCGCUAGGCUCCCCUGACAGAGAUGUCAUCAUUUAUGAUAUCAGUACGAAAUCUAUUCUGUUCAAAUUAUCUCAAGUUCUCAGUUUGAACGCUAACCUGUCUCAAGAGCAAUUUCCAAGAGUCCACGAUUUGAAGAUUACCUGCAAAGAUAAAUACCUGGUUCUCAUGGCUCAUGAAUUUUAUGUGGACACUUACGAUAUUUCACAAAUUCCACCUGUUCAAAACGGGGAGCGAGUUAACGACUCUGGUGUCGACACCACGGGAUUUCAUAUUUCAAAGGUCUCGCGGCUAAGCGUUGGCAAACGUAUGACAUGCUUAGCUGUUCCCAACGUCAGCGAUUAUACAAAAGAUGAGAACACAUUGAUACUGGUAAAUGUCCAACCACAUGAGUUACAACUAUGGGAUUUCAAGGAACAGAUACUCGUUCAAAAAUUCUACGGCCAACGACAACUACAAUUCAUAAUACGAUCCUGUUUCGGCUAUGACAAUAAGUUAGUGGCCAGCGGUUCGGAAGAUGGUAAAAUUUACAUUUGGGACAGAUUUCACGGUAACAUUGUAAGCGUCAUAAACGGUCACGAAGCAGAGCGAGCGUCCACUCGAAUCUCAAAUAAGACUUUUGGGAGAAACUGCAACAUCGUGGUUUGGAAUCCUGCGAACAAAAACAUAUUUGCCUCAGGAGGAGACGACGGUUUGAUUAAAAUAUGGAAAGUAGUCAGAGGAUAG